UCCUGUAACUUCCGGGGGUCCCUCGCCGCCAAAAAGAAACCACCACAAACAGAAAAGAUGGUGUCAGAGGAAGAGGUGGCAGGUAUCCGCAGGUUUGUGUGUGGCCAACUUCGUGAUGAGCCAGACCUCAGCACCCUGACCUUAGGCAUUUUAAAAAAGCGGUACCUGGCACAUGUGCAAAGUCAAUCACUAAGUCCAGAGGCCAAAAAUAUCAUGAAACAGGUGGUUGCAGAGGAACUGAUGAAAAUGCAGGACAAGGAUGAAAGUGGAAGUGAUUUGGAGACCACGAAGCCCCAAAAGAAAAGGAAGAGAGAAGAGGAAAAUGACGAGGUGGUUAGUGGGAGAGAAGAUGAAGAUGAAUCCACAGCAAAGAAAUCUUGUCGUCAGUCAAGCUCAUCAUCAGAGGCAGAGGACAAAGACGACUGCAAAACAGGAAGUGAGGAGAGUGAGGAGGAAGAGCAAAACAAAUCUGAAUCUGAGGAUGCAGAGCAAGAGGGGAAAAAAUCACAAACAAAGACAAAUGGAAAAAGUAAACAGCAGAUAAGCAGUGAAGACUCAGCAGAUGAGGAAAUUAAUAAAUCAGAAGUGAAAGAGAAAGAGAGCGACUGUCAAGACAGCCCAGAGGAAAAGUUGAUAAGGAAAGCAAAUGCUACAAAGAAUGGAAAGGCAAAAAGCAGCAAAACAAGUCGAGGAAAGAAAACACCACAGAGUGAUGGAGAGAAUGACACUGACUCGGAUAGCAAGUCAGAAAAGAGUGACCGCAUCAACAACAGUGACUCCUCAGAUGACAGUGGAAAAGAAGAAAAGGUCUCAGUGGAAAAGAAGAAAAAUGACUCAGACUCAGAUUCAUCAUCACUACCCUCACUGGAGGAUGAACAGGAGAGUAAAAAAGAAAAACCACAAGAUGAUGAAAAGAAGAAAACCGUGAAAAAAGAGAAAGCCACCAGAGAUCAAAAGGACGACAACAAAGCAGUCGUGAGGCUCAAGCGCUACAUUUCUCUGUGUGGUCUGAGGCCGAAAUACAAGAAGCUCCUCGAUGGCUGUCGCUCUGUUCGCUCCCAAGUGGCUGCUCUAAAGAAGAAGCUUGAAGAUCUCGGUGUCGAUGGUCAGCCAUCGGUUAAGAAAUGCAAACAAGUCAGAAUGAUGAGAGAGCAAGCUAAGGAACUAGCUGAGCUUGAUGUCAGCAACAUCAUUUCCACACAAGGUCGACCUAAACGCAGAGGAGCCUCAGCAUGGCAGAAAGAACCUGACCCUCCGUCCUCCACAUAUCUGCGUACACUGAACUCUGGCUCUGAUAGUGACGAGGAAAAUGAUACACACAGAGGGCGCAGAAGAACAACAGACUGGGCCAACCUGCAGGGGAUCAUCAGUGAUGAUGCAGACAGCGACUGACAGGGGCACUUCCUCGUGCAAGUGUUCAGAGAUUUAGAUUUAGAUAUGGACAUUCCUUUUUUUGUACAAGUUGGGUUUUGUCUAAACAAAUUAUUUUGAUACUAAGUAUUUCUUAACCCUUUUGCAAAAAAUGAGAAAACUGAUAGAUGAGGUAAAUGUUUCUUUAAUAUAAAAUGUACAUCUAUGUUAUAUUUCAAAUAAAAUGAUUUUGCUCUUA